AUGACGAUGAUUGAGAAUGACUGUUUUGUUCAAGCCGGCAGACUUCUGAAAACGAGGAUUGAAAUGCUGCAUGCUGUUGGCUUUACUGGCAGUCAGCAGAAAUCCGUGGAGUUACGAGCCCAUGCUCCAGCUGCCCUCACUGGGUUCAGUGUGAUUACGCUGAGGGAGAGCGCUCCAUCAGCUUACCAGAGUACUAAGGUUUUUUUCUUGAUCACAGACAACCUAUCACAACAAGUUUGUGUAAUUACCGAUGUGAAUGAAGCCAUUGCACAAGUAGGUUUUCUCCUUCACGAAUCUCUGAAAAGCCAAAUAAAAGUCGAAGCUGUAUCAGUAUCUCUAACCAAAAAUGAUAGCCAUCUACAAAACAUAUUUUCAGGACAGUGCUACAAUUUUGUUUGCGUAAAUGAUAAAAAGUUUGCCAUUCAAGAAACCCAGCAACUAGUGGAUGUGUUGGAAAAAUCAAAUAUGCCUCUCUUAUAUCCAGUUGUCCUUAUCUUGGUGCACUUGGAUAUUUCAGAAAAUAUUUCUUUCAGCAUUCUGAUGGAAGAACUAACUAGGAUCAAAAAAUUUGCAAGGGAAGUGAAAAAGAAAAAUAUUUUGGUGUAUAGUCUCCUUAUCCAAUAUAAGGACCAUUUGCUGCUUCAGGAGACAGUAAAUUCUGCCGCUGCCCUUAUCAUGGCAUUAAUAAAGGACAGAAACCCGGAGCUGAUUGGGCAGCUGUUGGUAGCAUAA